AUGGAGUUGGAGAACCUUCCGAGUGAUACGUCGGAAUUAACCUCGCUUCCAGUAAUGAGCUGGAAGCGCUUCGCAAGGGACCUGUACGAUGGACGCAUCGAACAGCUAUGCAUUCUUUCGGACCGCGAAAGAAUGUCAAGCAAAGCAGAGGCGUCGAGACAACUCUUCGCUGGAAGCGCCACAGAGAGUGAAGAUACUCUCAGUGCCAAGACGAAGAAGGAGCACUUCGAGGAGCAGAGUUGGGACUCACUGAAGUUGAGUCCCUAUUACGAGAUUCUGCGAGAGCACCGAGACGUGCUCCUGGACGAGAUCCGUGCGAGGCUUCCGCAGGACAAGGGAAUACAGCACGAGAUUGAUUUCGUGCCGGGGGCGAAGUAUUGCGUGACGCGGCAGUGGCCACUGCCGCGGGAGCAAGUGAAGGCAAUCGAUGACUUCUUCGAAAGUCGUCGCAAGGCAGGACAAGUGCGGGAAUCAAGGUCCCCGCACAGCGCACCAACGUUCUGUGUCAAGAAGCCACAUGGUGGUUGGCGCAUCGUUCAUGCGUACAAUAAGCUGAGCGAUGCGACGAUACCGGCACAGACGCCGAUACCUCGAAAAGAUGUCAUCAUCGAUUCGAUGUCCAAAAGCACCAUCUACAGUGCUCUUGAUAUGAGAGACGGGUUCUAUCAGAUCCUGGUGCGUGAGAGCAAUAUCCCUCUCCUUGCGGUAAGCACCCCAAGCGGUAUGCUUUGGGAGUGGCUAGUUAUGCCCGACAUCGUACUGAGCUACUUCGACGAUGUGUACGUUCACAGCCGGGCUGUAAACCAGAAGACGGACGUCGAGAUGCACAAGGAGCAUCUCCGGGAACUGCUUGGGAUCAUGCACAAGCACAAGCUCUAUGCGAACCUGAAGAAGUGCAUCUUCGGUGCGAGCGAGAUACCCGUGCUAGGGUGUCUCAUUGGGAAGAAUGGCGUACGCCCUGACCCCGAGAAGGUCAGAGUGAUCAAUGAACGGCCUACGCCAUCCAACGUGAAGGAACUGCGGCAGUUUCUUGGCCUUGCCACAUACUUGUGCAAGUACGUGGACAACUACGCAGGCAAGAUUCGCCCGCUGUCGCAGCUUCUAAAGACGACAGUCGACGUCGACAGGAUUGACGUCGCUCGCACAUAUACACCGUCGUCGUCCUUGUUGGACGAGGUGAAGGCCGCGUUUGCGCUUGACGCAGACGCGAAGAAGCUGAUCGAGCUUCUCUCAGCUCCUUCCGACAAAGCACCUCGGAAGUUGGCCCUCGUCUACGAGCGAAUGCACACCGACGACAAUGCGGACCGCAUUGUCGUGCCGAAUGAUCCUGACCUGCGCAACAGGAUCAUGUACGAGUAUCACGAUGUCCCCACGGCAGGACAUCCGGGACGUGAGAAGACGUAUUCUCUUCUUUCGAGAGACUUCAACUGGACACACAAGUGCAAGUGUGUGCGCAAGUACGUACGUACUUGCGACAUUUGCCAGCGAGUGAAGCCUGCACCUCACUCGCAGGCUCCUCUGCAACCACUACCGACUCCGUCGAAGUGUUGGGAGUCCGUUUCGAUGGACUUCGUGUUUGGUCUUCCGCGCGAUUCUAGGCGGAAGACUGGUAUUGUGGUCUUUGUUGACCGCUUCAGCAAGAUGACGGACGGGCAAACCGAGCGCGUGAACCGCGUGCUCGGGGACUUGCUGAAGAGCUACGCUCCGUCGUUCCUCAACUGGAGCGACUACUUGCCGAUGGCCGAGUUCGCCAUCAACAACGCGGUGCAUGCCUCGACUGGGCAUACACCGUUCUUCGUGAACGCCAUGCGGCAUCCACGCCUUCCGAGCACGCUCGGGGCGGUGGCUUCCUCCUUAAGUAGGGGAGGAUCUACGGUUGCGUCUGAACAACCGCAGAAGACAGCUGAUACGGAUCUAUCAGCUGCGACGACACGUGCGAGAGCUCGCACACGACAAGACGACGUGUCAGUGCCGGGCAAUGACACUGUGAAGAACCACGAGCAGGCGACACCUGCUUCAUCCAAGGACAACGUGUCUGUGCGGGGCACAGAAACCUCAAAGCCUCACGCACAGACCGGGCCUGUUGCACGCGCAAGUGAUGUAUCGAUGCCGGGCAUCGAUACUGAGAAGCUUCACGCACAUGCUGGACCUGCUGCGAUCACACACGAGGUGUCAGUGCCGGGCACCGACACCACAAUGGGCCACGCACAGUCUGGGACUGAUGCAAACACAAGUGGCGGGUCUGUGCAGGGCACAGAUGCGGACAAGGUCAACGAGCUGGACCCGAGGUUCAGCUCUCAAGCAAUAAACUUUGUCCAGGAACGACAAACAGUCUUCUAUUCGUACAAGAUGUAA